UUUCCUGACAGUUAUUUACUUAGACCAAAUGAUUAGUUUUAGAAGGAUGGACUACAACAUUGAAUCAAUUACAAAGCGCGGUUUUGGAGCUCUCUGCCGUUGGAACUAGCGCGACCGAAAACAGAGGCGGCGACGGGGCGCAGAUUGGAGGCCCUGGACUCGCUUUGCUUUCUGCCCCCUCGAUGUGUAGGAUUUUCCUUGCGAGUUGACACUGGAGGAGAAGCUACCUGGCGCCAUGGUGCUCUCCUGUCAAGCCUUCCUGGUCCUUAGCUGGCUGUUGGCAGGGUCAGGCCUCACGCGCUGCGAACUGCCUCUGCCGUCCAUCUCUCCGGGCGACAGCGAGCGCGUGGUGCCGCUGAAUGCCUCGUUCUCUCUGCGAUGCUCCGGGGAGAGUGAGCUGAACUGGCAGUACCCCACGUCCGAGGACGAGAGCCCCAGGGUGCGUGUGCGCAGCGAGGAGAACAACAGUGGCCUCUUUAUGGCCGUGCUGGAGGUGGCCAGUGCCACGGCGGCCCACACUGGCUGGUACACCUGCUACUACAACCACACGCAGACGGAGGAUGGCGACGUGGAGGGCAGCCACGUGUAUAUCUAUGUGCCGGACCCGGAUGUCGCCUUUGUGCCCCUGGGGAUGACUGACUACUUGGUGAUUGUGGAAGACGACGACUCAGCCAUCAUCCCAUGUCGCACCACGGACCCUGAGACCCAUGUCACCCUGCGCAACAGCCAUGGGGUGGUGUCUGCCUCCUACGAUAACAAGCAUGGCUUCAAUGGCACCUUCACCAUGGGGCCAUACGUGUGCGAGGCCACCGUCCAUGGGAGGACCUUCCAGACCAUCCCCUUCAACAUCUAUGCCUUGAAAGCCACCUCAGAAUUGGAUCUCGAAAUGGAAGCCCUGCAGACAGUGUAUAAGGCUGGGGAGACGAUCGUGGUCACCUGUGCUGUCUUCAACAAUGAAGUGGUGGACCUGCAGUGGGCCUACCCUGGCGAGGUGAGGGGAAAAGGUGUGACGGCGCUGGAAGAGAUCAAAGUCCCGACCCUCAAGCUGGUGUACACUCUGACCGUGCCUGGGGCCACGGUGAAGGACAGCGGAGACUACGAGUGUGCCGCCCGCCAGGCCACCAGGGAGGUCAAGGAGAUGAAGAAGGUCACCAUUUCUGUGCAUGAGAAGGGCUUUGUGGAGAUCCAGCCCGCCUUCAGCCAGUCCGAGGCCAUCGGCCUGCACGAAGUCCGGCAUUUCGUGGUGGAUGUGCGGGCCUACCCGCCGCCGCACAUCUCCUGGCUCAAGGACAGCCUGACACUCAUCGAGAAUCUCACUGAGAUCACCACUGACGUGGAGAAGGUCCAGGAGAUCAGAUAUCGAUGCAAGCUGAAGCUCAUUCGUGCCAAGGAGGAAGACAGUGGCCACUACACCAUCGUGGUUCAGAACGAAGAUGCUGUGCAGAGCUACACAUUCGAACUCUUGACUCAAGUUCCCGCGUCCAUCCUGGACCUGGUGGACGAUCAGCACGGCUCCACCGGCGGGCAGACAGUGACGUGCACGGCCAGCGGCAUGCCCCCUCCCGAGAUCGAGUGGCUCAUCUGCAAGGAUAUCAAGAAAUGUAACAAUGACACGUCGUGGACGAUCCUGGCCAGCAACAUCUCCAACAUCAUCACGGAGACCCACCCCCGAGGCAGGAGUGUGGUGGAGGGUCGGCUCACCUUCUCCAAGGUGGAGGAGACCCUGGCGGUUCGCUGCCUGGCCAGGAAUCCCUUGGGGACUGAGAACCGAGAGCUGAAGCUGGUGGCUCCCAGCCUGCGCUCUGAGCUCACCGUGGCAGCCGCAGUCCUGGUGCUCCUGGUGAUUGUGAUAGUCUCACUGAUCAUCCUGGUUGUCAUUUGGAAACAGAAACCCAGGUACGAGAUCCGCUGGAGGGUGAUUGAGUCCAUCAGCCCCGAUGGACACGAGUACAUUUACGUCGACCCCAUGCAGCUGCCUUACGACUCGCGAUGGGAGUUUCCCAGAGAUGGACUCGUGCUGGGUCGGAUCCUGGGCUCCGGAGCUUUUGGGAAGGUGGUGGAAGGCACAGCCUAUGGACUGAGCCGGUCCCAGCCUGUGAUGAAAGUGGCUGUGAAGAUGUUGAAACCCACGGCCCGAUCCAGUGAGAAGCAGGCCCUCAUGUCAGAACUGAAGAUCAUGACUCACCUGGGGCCACACCUGAACAUCGUCAACCUGCUGGGCGCCUGCACCAAGGCGGGCCCCAUUUACAUCAUCACCGAGUACUGCUUCUACGGUGACUUGGUGAACUAUUUGCAUAAGAACAGGGACAGCUUUCUGAGCCGCCACCCGGAGAAGCCCAAGAAAGAGUUGGACAUCUUUGGUCUGAACCCAGCGGACGAGAGCACGCGCAGCUACGUGAUUUUAUCUUUCGAGAACAAUGGUGACUACAUGGACAUGAAGCAAGCCGAGAGCACGCAGUACGUGCCCAUGCUGGAGAGGAAAGAGGUCUCUAAGUACGCGGACAUCCAGCGGUCACUCUACGACCGUCCGGCUUCCUACAAGAAGAAAUCCAUGCUAGAUUCGGAAGUCAAGAACCUUCUUUCGGAUGACAACUCCGAAGGCCUCACCUUGUUGGAUUUGUUGAGUUUCACCUACCAAGUUGCUCGUGGCAUGGAAUUUUUGGCUUCCAAAAAUUGUGUCCACCGGGACCUGGCUGCACGCAACGUCCUUCUGGCACAAGGGAAGAUUGUCAAGAUCUGUGACUUUGGUCUAGCCAGGGAUAUCAUGCAUGAUUCUAACUACGUCUCCAAAGGCAGCACCUUCCUGCCUGUGAAGUGGAUGGCCCCUGAGAGCAUCUUCGACAACCUCUACACCACGCUGAGCGAUGUCUGGUCCUACGGCAUUCUGCUCUGGGAGAUCUUCUCUCUGGGGGGCACUCCCUAUCCUGGCAUGAUGGUGGAUUCCACAUUCUACAACAAGAUCAAGAGCGGGUACCGGAUGGCCAAGCCCGACCAUGCCACCAGUGAAGUUUAUGAGAUCAUGGUCAAAUGCUGGAACAGUGAGCCGGAGAAACGACCCUCGUUUUACCACCUGAGCGAGAUUGUGGAGAAUUUGCUGCCUGGACAGUAUAAGAAGAGCUAUGAGAAAAUUCACCUGGACUUCCUGAAGAGUGACCACCCAGCCGUGGCUCGCAUGCGCGUGGACUCGGACAACGCGUACGUCGGCGUCACCUACAAGAAUGAAGAAGACAAGCUCAAGGACUGGGAGGGUGGCCUGGGCGAGCAGAGGCUGAGCGCCGACAGCGGCUACAUCAUCCCGCUGCCUGACAUCGACCCCAUGCCCGAGGAGGAGGAUGGGGGCAAACGCAACCGUCACAGGCACAGAGAGACAGAGAAAGAGAAGGAGACACAGAGAUCUUCCGUCCGCUGGUUCACUCCCCACAUGGCUGCAACGGCCGGGGCUGGGCCAGACCGAAGCCAGAAGCCAGGAACUUCUUCUGGGUUUCCCAUCUCGCAGACCUCCGAGGAGAGCGCCAUUGAGACAGGCUCCAGCAGCUCCACCUUCCUGAAGAGAGAGGACGAGACCAUCGAAGACAUGGACCUGCUGGACGACGUUGGCGUGGACCCCUCGGACCUGGUGGAGGACAGUUUCCUGUGACUGGCAGGUGCCCGUGGGCUCCCCAAAGCGCCUCUGGGUCCCCUUCAGAAAACCACUUCAUUACAAGGUACAGGUUGAGAGAGGACAUGAGUGAUACCGGUGACAUAUUUCCAGCAGCCGAGCCACCUUGGCUGGGGCACUUGGAGGCUGAGCUGGCGAUGGCGUGUGGAGGUGGAGGAGGGAGUGACGGACCACGGGAGGCAAACUUCCUGCCUCGAGGGCAUGGUGAGAUUUGCACACACACCAUGCUCUGCAGAUGUCAGCAUCGCAGUCUUGUACCUAACUCUCACCAAGGGUGCGCCCAGGUCCGUGUCUUCUAUGCCCUGGCCUCCCAGGGAGACCACUGGGUCUGUGCACUGCUUAGCUGCUGAUGGACUUCUUAGCCACCUGCGUGCCAGACCGCUUUGGAACUCUGAAAAGGUACGUGGCCUGGAGCCUCUCACUUCUCUGUAGUGGAGAAUGAUUAACCAGCCUCGUUGGAUAGAUUUGGGUCACUGAAGAGCCCAAGAACGUGUUUCUGUAUUAUAACCUAUGUGUAUAACCAUACUACUGGUGUCAGUCAUUUAAGUGUAUAUAACACCUAACAUGGCUUCCUUACCGAGAAAGCACAUUUGAAAAAAAAAAAAAGAUCCUAUGUAGGUAAUGGUCUGACAAGUUUCUGACAUGUAUUUUCAAUUGCUUAUGUUUCUCUGAAAAAUAGGGUGAUCACCGUAGUUGCAUUAGUCGGACCCGGAGAACAAAAUCAAAGUAGUGUUGUCCAGGAAGUAAACAGA